GCGCACGGCAGUCGGACGACAAUGUUUCGCCCCGUCGGUAGUGUCCUCCCGUCGAUCGAGACCGAAGAGAAUACGAUUUCGACUGCGACUACGGUGGUGGCGCAGCGGUUGCAGUCGAUGUCAAGCGGUGUUGUUCGCGUCGUGUCGGCCGAUACGGUUUUCGCGUAGUGCCACAGAGAGCCGCCGUGCGUGGGCUCCCUCGCCCGUAUCCGCGCGAAAACAAUUUGAAAAUAUAAAAACCGUUAUUCUUGUGUUGUUGUUGUUAUUAUUAUUAUUAUCGUCUUCGUUUUUUUGUUUUUUUUUUGUUGCUCACCGCACGUUACGGUUAUAACAAUAUUGUAAUUAUUGUAAACACAACUGCCGCGCGUCUGCACACAACGAAUUUCGUCCGCGUGUCCGAUGGCGGCCUUGUUCCGGUCAUCGUCUUCGCCUUACGCAAUAUUUGUUUACCUGUUACUCAUCCAUAUCGUCCGAAGUUUGCACAACGUUAGCAUACAGUUCAUACCUCCAGCAGUAGAAAGAGGACACGAUGUCAUGAUAUAUUGCAAUUACAAUUUAGACGGAGCUCCAAUGUUGUCGGUCAAAUGGUAUAGAGGAAGCCACGAAUUCUACAGGUACUCCCCCGGGAUGAUACCCAGAACGCAGACAUUCCCAUUUGACGGGCUUAAUGUCGACUUAUCUGUAUCAAAUGCCACACAAGUAUUUCUGCGCGAUGUUGGUUUCAAACUGUCUGGAAACUUGAGCUGUGAAGUAACAACUGACGGGCCUUCAUUCAAAACUGCGCUCGUCUCAAAACGAAUCGUAGUUGUGGAACUACCAAAAUCAAAACCAUUAAUUGUGACGGAUAAAGACAAAUAUGAUCCAGGUGAUACUUUAAUAGCAAAUUGUACGUCACCAGCUUCUAAACCUGCAGCCAGUUUAACGUUCUCUUUAAACAAUACGCAAAUUGAUAGUCCAGAAACUGUGAAGCACUCCAUUUCAAAUUUCUUGCAAUCGAGCAGGAUAACAGUAACUCUGAAAUUAGAUCAGAGCCAUUUUAAAGACGGCCGUAAGCUUUUACUACAGUGCACUGCUCUAAUAAAUACUUUGUACAAUCAAACUUCGGAACUUUUGUUACCGAUAAAAUCAACAGAGCCAGUGCCUGAAAAAGUUACGUCCCCGAGUCUUGGAUGGCAGGUAACAUCUUCUAUCAGCUGUUCAACGAUGAUCGCUGCUUCGGUCUUGUUAUGGAACGUGUUCAGAUAGUCUACAUGUGGAAACAUAUAUUAUAUAUAUAUUAUAUAUCUUAAGAAUCUUGUAUUUCACACUUUUGCAUGUAAAUAAAAGUUUAAGUUGUAAGAAAAAAACACAUCGAAUACUACUGUGAAGUAGUAACAAGACAUUACCACAUGACAGAAUUAAAAAAUGAUACGACCUGCGUGAUAUAUAUUUUUGAAAAAAUAGAGCCAAUUCGAUUGUGUGUUAAUUAUUAUUGUUUAUUAACUUAUUUUUUUUUUUUAUCUUUUGACAUUUUUAGAUUAGUUUAAGUGUUAAAAAAUAAAAUGAUUAUUUACAACUAAAACAAAGCGAUGCAUAUUAUUAAUCGAAUUUUGUAGAUACGUACAAAACAUAUAAUUUAAAAAAAAGUUUUUGUACAUAUUUAUGAUUUUAUAUACAAAAUUAAUAUACAUUAAAUAUUAUAAAUAUAUUAUAUAGAUUAUGUAACAAUUUUAAUAGCAAUAUUACAUUUUGCUAUUUAAAAUCAGUUUGGAACCAAAGACAAAUUUUAAAAAAGUUUAAAACUUCGCGUUGGACUUUGAAAAGUUAUUUAAUAUUUAAUAAUCCAUUAGCAUCUAAUUUUGCUUUGUCGCUUGUUUGCACAGUUUCAAUUUUGAAAUUUGGAUUUUAAAAAUGGAAAUAAAACUAUAACAUUAUAAUUUUUACAAAAUAUCAAAAACUGUAAUUAUAAAUACCGUGGACUAUAAAUUUUUUAGUUAUUUAAAGAAAUAAUUUUAAUAACUAUACUUAAUUAAAUCGAUGAAAAUGUGUAUAAUAUUGUUAUUAUUCAUAAAUAUUAUCGAAUGUAUUUGUUAAAAAAAAAAGAUAUUUUUAAGUAUAGGCACUUUUGAUGUUAAUAUACGUCUAAUUGAUAUUUGUGUGUUUAUCUUUUGUUAAAUUAUGACAGAUUCUACGCACCUAAUACCAAUAACAGCUUUAUAAAAUCAGUUACUACGAUCCCCUAAUCAUUUAAAAAUUGCAUUCAUGUUCUAUAUUAUUUAUAAUUUUUGCUUUAUGUCUAUUUAACAUUUUGGUGCCUAAAUGAAUACUUAUUUUUAUUUUCAUAUUUUUAUGAGUACUCAGCUUUUUCAAACUUUCCGAAAUUUAUUUUUAAAAAAAUUAUUCCCGUACUCCAUUUCAGUAUACUAUUCAAGUACUUAAAAAAUGAUACCAAAUUGUUAUCUAUAAUUCAUGAAAUAAAAGUUGUUACUCUUAGAACAAAAUAAUUCGGAUAUUUUUAAGUUUUCUACUUCAAUGUAUUAUUACAUUUUACUGUAUAUUAUAUGUUUCAGUAUAUACAUUUAAAAAAAAUACUUAAUUCCAUGUAUUUAAAAUUAACAUGUUAAUGUAAAGUAUGAUAAUAUAUGAUUCAAGACAAAAUAAAUAGUUGCGAAAAAUGUUACAUCUCUAUACCUGGAUUGUU